AUGGAGUCCCCGAUGAAGCUGGUGCCACUCCUCCUCACACUCUGGUGCUCCUGUAAUGCUCAACAUGUUGUCAAAAUAGAACCCAAAGUGGGAAGUGCUGCUGGAGCAACACAGCUGACCAUUUUUGGAGCCGGUUUUGCCGAGGCUAACCAGUUCCAGCUGAAUCCAAAUGACAAAAACUUUGGCAACCAAGUGACCUUGGUGUCAGACACUCGGUCGGUCCCCUGUGACGUGGAGAGAGACUCAUCGCACAGCAACCAGAUAAUGUGUUACACCAGUGCCUUAAAAUACGGUGACUACUAUGUCCGAGUUACUGUGGACGGCGUUCCCAUUCCUGGAAGCAAAACAUGCAAUGGCAAUCCCAGAUCAUAUCACUGCAGGCUCAGUGUCCGCUGGUGGUACACGCCGACUGCAAAUGAAUUCUUUCCAACCAGCGGUCUCCCAGGCACCUUGCUUACCUUCAAAGGGCUGACCCACAGUGAUGUCUACGGAAGCAACAGCAGACUGAGCACCAAUGGCCUGGAUGUCAGAUUUCUGAGAGCCUACUCAGGAGGAAUGCCGUGUGAGCUGCUGAAACCAAACUCAGAUGAGCUAUACAACAUCCAGCUGAACUCAGAAUCCUCAUGGUGGGGCUCCAUGAGCUGCAAAAUGACGGGGACGUAUGUCGGGAAUCAGAACGCGUCUUUCAUCAACACAUAUGGAAGGAGCCUCAUAAAAACGGAGCUGUACAAGGUUCGUUCUGUGUAUGGAUCAACGCCGAAGCAAAGGCUUGCCAUGUUCCAGUCCUAUGCAGAGGUGACAGGAGUCUCCCCGUCCAACGGUAGCAUCAUGGGUGGGACUCUGUUGACAGUCCACGGCCGCUUCUUCGAUGAAACCGAUGAGCCAGCACGUGUUCUGGUUGGAGGCCUGCCAUGUGACAUCAAGAGUGUGUCCGAUGACGGAAUAACGUGCAGAACAGCCAUGCACGAGAUGAACAACAAUACCACAAUCUACCCAAAGGGAAGAGGCUUUUUUGUGGAGUUGUGGAACAACUCAAAGCCCAAAUCCCUGGAUGAGGUUUCCACUUACACUGAGGACACGCCCGGAUACUGGAGCAUGUGGACUCCGGACAUGCCUCUCACCUUUGUUAAUGGGUAUGAUGAUUUCACCACACGAACCCGAGGCUUCUUGGUUCCUCUAACUAGUGGCAACUACAAGAUGAAAAUCAAUUGUGACGACAGAUGUGAGCUCUACCUCAGCAACACCAGCCGCCCAGAAGAUAAGGUUAAGGUGGCAUAUCAACCCUAUUACACCAAAAGUUUGAGUUCACAAACCUCGGAUUUGCUGUUUCUAGAGGGAGGGAAAUACUACUACUAUGAACUUCUGCAACAGGAAUACAAGGGCGCAGCAGGUGUCAACAUGGGCUUGUUCCAUGACAACAGUGCCUUCACGCAGUACCAGACAAAUGACGCUGUGAAUGAGGUUCAGAGCAUUGUGGCUGCUUAUGAAGUGUUUCAGGAGGAACAGGAUGUAACCUUCAAGUCUUGGCCCAGCAACGUUACCCCGGUCAAGGAGGUCCAGAAGGUCACUGUCAACAGCAGCUGUGCCAGCCAUCUUUGUGCGAGCACCUUCUUCACCCUCGGUUAUGGAGAGGCAAAGACUGGACCCAUCUCAGUCACUGCCUUAUCAGAUCAGGUGGAGGCGUCCCUGAACGACCUUUUCUCGAUCAAACCCGACACAGUCAAGGUCACCAAACAGAAGGAUGACCAAGGAUCUCACUACAUGGUCACAUUCAAUUCUGACAGAGGGGACUUUGAACUCCUUCAGUCCGAGGUUUUUAGUGCGGACACGCGCAUCACUGUCACUGAGGUUACAAAGGGGAUAAGCAACAUGAAGACCUUCACUCUGCUCUGGGGAGGGAUUCCUACCAUGCCCAUCCCCUACAAUGCAACUGAGUCUGAGGUGCAGUCGGCUCUGGAUGAUCUGACGAAAGCUAACUGUCCCGAUGAGAUUGAGAUCAAUGAAGGGUCUGAUGUGGUGUUCUACGAAGACUAUGAAAAUGAAGACAAAAGGUUUCAGAGUGAGGAGACAGGGACUCGGGUUAAAUCGGGUUUCUGUGGCCUGUGGUCUCUGAAGAACCCUGCAGCUCUUUUCAAGAACACUUACUCCAAACUGUCUGGAGGCGAAUAUGGGCCAAUCCCACUGGACACAUAUCCCUCGUUCUGCUUCUCAUACAAAGGACAAUUUAAGAAUGAACUCGGAGUCAAGUUCACCUACAGCAACAUCAAUGGCCAAACCAAAAAAGAGACCGGAAAGAUCAUCACUACCUUUGCUAAGGAAGACAAGUGGAGUUAUAAAUGCAUCGACCUGAAGGCGUCCCUGGAGGUGGAAUACACAGGGAGCAAAUUUAAAAUGCUGGAGUUACACCUCUACAAAGAGGACUCUGGUGCGGAUUUCUACGUGGACGCCACUCACAUCGGAAAGACUCCCACCACCAGAAAUGAAAAUGCGGUUCCCCUCAAGAGGAGACCCCCACCUUUCGAGAGCAAAGGUUACACCUUUGAGAGUUUAACUGUCAGCAAAGACUCGUCGUCAACUACCUCCGAGCACAGCUACAAGAUCAAAGCUACACCAGAUGAUUGUGUCUCUGGGUUCCCACUGCUGCAAGUCGCCUUCCUCCAGAUGUCUGACAGCAGCGAGGACACAAUCGGGUACAAAAAUGGAGCGGCUUACACCAGCAUCAACCGCACUCACAGAGCCUCUCCUGGUCUGAAGGGCACCUUUGACGUGGAGAUUUAUGGCGAAAGUGUUGAAGGUCUCUCUGUGGACAUCAGCCAGGAGGACCUGACUUACGCUCUGCAGGGGAUCCCAGGGAUGGGUGUGAUUAGCGUUUCGAAGCAGGGAAGCUGCAGACGACCCGUCUGGAAGGUGACAUGGCUCACAAAGUCCGGAAACCAGCCUGAGUUGAAGGUUAACACCUCAAAGGUUAUCGGCAACAAGAUAAACUUCGACGUCCGUGAGAAGACGAGGGGAGGUCUGAAAGUGGUCAGCCUGAGAGGAGAGGCCGUACGGACCUGGGAAACCAAACCUCAGGUUGAGGUCUACAUCAACGGCAUCCCCUCAAACUGUGUUGGUGAUUGUGGGUUUGAGUGGUCUGAGGACAAGACUCCUGUUUUGACCGGAAUCAGCCCAUCUGAAGGAUCAAAUGGCCUUGGGACUCUUCUGACUGUUACCGGGAUGGGCUUCGGUGAUGAAAACGCUGACAUCUUUGUGGGAAACACCAAGUGUCAAGUUGAACAGACCACAGCUACCACUCAGGUGUGCAGACUCGGCAGCUCCAGUGCGGGUACUUACCCCGUGUCAGUCAGCUUCCCCUCUCUGGGUAACACAAGCUACCCUGACGGCAAAAUGUUCGACUUCACCUACAAGCUUGUUGUGUCCUCGUUCUCCCCGCUCUCCGGGAGUCUGGCAGGAGGCACGCUGCUGACAGUGGAAGGUUACGGCUUCAGCAAGAACUCCACAGUUACAGUCGGUGGUGAAGAGUGCACAGUGGUUGAUGCAGGAGCCACUCAGCUAUCAUGCAGAACACCAUCUGGAUCUGCAGGAGCAAAGACAGUCAUAGUGGAGUUGGGAAACAUGAGUGUGACAGCCAGCAGCUCAUUCACCUACGACACUAAACUCACACCUCAGAUCUCAGGGAUGAGUCCCAGCACUGCCACUGUGACAGGAGUACAAGCUUUGAACAUCACAGGUUCAAACCUGGGAGAACAAGACAACAACAGCAUGGUGCUGGUAGGCAGCAAGAAGUGCGUGAUAGUGCAGUGGACAGAGACCAAGAUUGAUUGCCUCCUCCCUCUGCUGCCACCCGACCGGUACAAGGUGUAUGUACAGGUUGGCAACAGUGGCUACCCACAAACAAGCAGCGGAGUGAGCUCCACCAUCGAAUACAUCCUGGAAAUCAACAGUGCCUCCCCAGAGUUUGGAUCUCUGCUGGGAGGAACUAGGCUGACUAUCUCAGGAUCUGGUUUCAGCACCAACAUCUCUGACAACAAAGUGUCUGUCGGAGAAGCUGAGUGUGAAGUGAAGACCGCUUCCACCAAUGAACUGCAGUGUGUUUUGCAGUCGGAGGAGAAGACUCACAUCGUCACCAACCAAGGAUCCCACCGUAUUCUUGGACAGGGAUAUGCAUGGAGUCCAGUCUCACAGAUGGUGUACACUGGAGAUACAGUCAAGUGGCUUAUGGAAGCUCCAGCUUUCCAGCAAGUCAAGUACAGUGUAUUCAGUGUUAGCAAACCAAGUGGCAUCACCUAUGAAGACGGAGUGUUCAACAGCGGAGAUAGCACAGCAAAAGGGUCUUUCAGUUACCGCUUCACCAGCCCUGGUGAGUAUUACUACAGCAGCGGAGACAUCGGUGGAGGGAACCCUAUGCAGGGAGUCGUGAAAGUCAAGGCUCGGGAGGAGAAGAGCAGGAAGGUCACUGUCCGCGUGGGAGGCAUGGAGGCCAAACAUGUUACCGGAGGAUCCACAAGCAGCUCCAAAGCAGUCCAGCAGUGUGUCGCCUCGACGCAAUGCAAACUGUCCACCAACACCUCAGCCGUCAUAACAUUCAGCUCCACCGCCUGUGCCACCCCCACAGUCAGCUCCAUCUCCCCCAACCAGGGGACAUACCACCAGGCCAUCCACAUCCAGGGCUCAGGAUUCAGCGACACAGACUGUGCGAAUGAGGUGACAGUAGGAGGUCAGCCCUGUCAGGUCAUCAACAGCUCCAACUCUGAGAUCUACUGCCAACUGAGCAAACACAACGGACUCUCCAUCGGUGUCCCUCACCCUGCAGCUGUCAGAGUCAACAACCUCGGCACAGCCAUCAUCACCGUGCCCAAAGAGCUGCACCGCCGUUUUGUGGUUCUGCCUGUGAUUGAUUCACUCUCGCCUCAAACCGGUAGCCCCACUGGCCACACUCGACUCCUCAUCCACGGCUCUGGUUUCUCAGAGGAACAAGUGUCCGCAGCCGACAUGCCAUGCACCAUCGUCUCUGUGAACUAUACCUCUAUCGUCUGCGACACCGCUCCUUCUCAGCCACGAAAAGGUGAUGUCGUCUUCAAAAUGGGCCGCAUCCAAAGCGCUUGUGAAUCAAGCUGCUCCUUUGAGUAUUCCGCCUCCGUCACUCCUGUGGUCACAAGCAUUUCCCCUGACAGCAUCAGCGAGCCUUCAGCAGUCACCAUCUCUGGCUCUGGGUUUGGCACCGAUGAAGAUGUCGUGGCAGUGUAUGCGAGCAACACAGAGCUGCAGGUCACCUCGUCCACUAAUAACAGCCUUUCAGUUCAAGUCGGCGCUCUCCCUGCAGGCGACCAUCCAGUCACAGUGAUUGUGAGAAGCAAAGGUCUUGCAUCUGGUUCUGUCACCCUGAGCAGCCAAGCCAAAGCCGUCCUAAACCCCGAGGUGGGCAGCCUGGCAGGAGGAACAAAUCUUGUCCUCACAGGAAACGGCUUUGCUCCCGGAAACACCCGCGUGAUGAUCGGUGGUAAGCUGUGUGAGAUUAAGGAGGUGACAUCUGCACGGCUGAGCUGCUUGACACCUCCUCACGACGAGGGGGUGGAGACUGUCAGCGUCCAGGUGUUUUCUGUGAAGUAUCCUGCUCUCAACUUCAACUACUCUGCAGAGCACACUCCCAUCAUCAGCUCUGUCAGCCCUGCCACAGGGCCGAGCGGGGCUGUCCUCACGCUCACAGGUUCAGGAUUUGGCAGCAACUCUCAGCACGUCCAUGUCAGCAUAAACAACAUCCCCUGCAAUGUGUCUGCAGUCUCUGACACAGAGGUUCAGUGCACCGCAGGAGAUGGCCCAGGGGGGGCGCACAAGGUCAUGCUGCAUCACAGUGCCAAAGGUUAUGCCCAGUCGGAUGUCACGUUCAAGUACGAGCUGACGUUGAGCAGCGUGCAGCCCAAUGAGGGUAGUUUUGGUGGUGGCGCUCUGCUGUCUGUUCAGGGUUCUGGCUUUGACCCGCUCAGCUCCACCGUCAGGAUCUGCGGGGAGGAGUGUAGAGUGGACAGAAACAUGUCGACAUCGUCACGCCUGUACUGUGGGUCUCCGUACAACAACGGCACUGACUCAGAGUUGAGUUGCGAUGUUGCAGUCUUUAACCAGAAUGAUGCUGUCAACAUAUCGAAUGGCUUCACCUACAAAUCUCAGCUGACUCCGGUGAUCUCCGAGGUUUCUCCACGCAGGGGAGGCACCGCUGGAGGCACGCUGCUCACAAUCACCGGCUCCGGUUUCAGCACCGACCAAAGCAAAGUCAAAGUGACCAUUGCAGGGUCUGUGUGUGACAUUAAAUCCAUCACCAACACACAGAUCACCUGUGUGACAAACUCUCAGUCACAGUCUCAGGAGACCAAAGUCCGAGUCAGCAUCCAGGACCAGGGCAUCGCCAAGAUGGAUAACGCAGGGUUCUACUACAUUGAUGUGUGGUCGUCCAGGUUCACGUGGGGUGGUCUGUCUCCACCUGAGAGGGGAUCGUUUGCUGUCAUUACCAAAGGACAGACCAUCCUGCUCGACAUCAGCACACCAGUGUUAAAAAUGCUGCUUAUUCAAGGAGGGAAGUUGAUAUUUGAUGAAGCCGACAUCGAGCUGCAAGCAGAAAACAUCUUGAUCACAGACGGCGGUCAUCUCCAGAUCGGCACCAAGGAGGAGCCAUUCCAGCACAAAGCCAUCAUCACACUCCACGGAAACCUUCGCUCACCUGAACUCCCCGUGUACGGGGCCAAAACAUUGGGUGUCAGAGAGGGCGUGCUGGACAUGCAUGGUAUGCCUGUUCUUGUCCCCUGGACUCAUCUGGCCCAGACGGUGAAUAGCGGCUCCAAGACACUGGCCCUGAUGCAGGAGGUGGCAUGGAAAGCUGGAGAUGAGAUUGUCAUCGCCUCCACCGGCCACAGACACAGUCAGAAAGAGAGCGAGGUGAGAACAAUCGCUAGUGUGUCGAAUGAUGGCAGCACUCUAACUCUGACUGAAGCGGUCAGCUACACUCACCUGGGGGUGACGGUGACGCUGCCUAAUGGUAUUAAGAUUGAAGGCCGAGCUGAGGUGGGGCUCCUCACCAGGAACAUCGUGGUACGAGGUGCAAAAAAUGAGGAAUGGAAUGACAAGGUCGAAGCCUGCCCUGAUGGCUUUAACACAGGGGAAUUCGCCACCCAAACCUGCUUCCAAGGCAGGUUUGGAGAGGAAGCCGGGUCUGAUCAGUUUGGAGGCUGCAUCAUGUUCCAUGCACCAACACCCAACAAGAAUCUUGCAAUCGGCAGAAUUGAAUAUGUGGAGCUGUAUCAUUCAGGACAGGCCUUCAAGCUGGGGCGUUAUCCCAUCCACUGGCAUCUGAUGGGAGACGUGAAGUAUGAAUCAUAUGUGAGGGGUUGUUCUAUCCAUGAUACCUUCAACAGGGCGAUCACCAUCCACAACACCCACAAAUUGCUAGUGGAGCACAACGUCAUCUACAACAUCAUGGGCGGAGCAUUCUUCAUCGAGGACGGCAUUGAGACAAACAACAUCCUGCAGUACAACCUGGCUGUGUUUGUUAGACAGAGCACCAGUCUGCUGAAUGACGACGUCACUCCCGCCGCCUACUGGGUCACCAAUCCCAACAACAUCAUCCGACACAACGUUGCAGCUGGGGGCACCCACUUUGGUUUCUGGUACCGCAUGCACGAGCACCCUGAUGGCCCGUCCUAUGACAGAGACAUCUGUCAGAAAAAGGUUCCUCUGGGUGAGUUCUCCAACAACACGGUGCACUCUCACGGCUGGUUUGGCCUCUGGCUCUUCCAAGACUACUACCCCAUGAAGGACGGAGGCUGCAGAUCUAAUACCCCUGAACCCGCUGUCUUCCGCUCCCUCACCUCCUGGAACUGUGAAAAAGGCGCAGAGGGGGUCAACGUGGGCGCUGUGCAGUUCCAUGACUUUGUUAUGGCCAACAACGAGAAAGCCGGCAUUGAGGACAAGCGUAUCCUCUGGUGGGCUGUGGGUGGCUACGGAAAUGAAGCAGGAGCGACGGUUUCAAACAGCAUCAUUGUGGGCCACGCUGACGAGCUUGGACCGUUGGAUAACAAGUGCACAAGUCGAGGUAUGAUCCUGCCAUUCGACGACGGCAUGAGAGUCCAGGAUACCAAAUUUAUCAACUUCGACCGCAGCUCUUGUGCAGCCAUCGGGGUGACUACGGUUGAUGGGACGUGUGUGGCCCUGUGUGGUGGCUGGCCUGCCGAGUUUCUGCGUAUCGAUUUCACAAAUUCACCAAACAAGGGCUGGUUCAGGUGGGAGCAUGAGAUGCAGCUGGUGGAUCAGGAUGGCUCCCUCACAGGACGUGCUGGCAACAAAGUGGUGUCUCACAGCCCCUUGCUGGACCCCUCUCUAUGCAAACAGAGCAAAGAGUGGAGCAUGGGUUUCCCCACCGCCGUGUGUGACCCCUCCGUCAGCUUCCAUCGUCUGUCCUUCAACAAGCCCUCCCCAACUUCUUUGCAGGCAAAGAACGUCCUGCUUACCAACUCAUUUGGCACGAGUACGGUUCCCUACACAAAGAAGAGACUGACUCAUAAACUCGGCUGGAUGGCCAUGUUACCCUCGAACCAAACCUUCAUCUGGAACUUUGAAGACGCUUCUCAAAUCACCAACAUAUCUUAUUCUUCUGUAUUCUACGGCUUCAAGCCGGAUCAAUACGUGAUCAUGUGUCACAACCUCACUGAGAGUCCGGACAGUUUUCACAUCCUGGAUAAGAGGAACGCAUCGAAGACGCCGCUCAGCUACAGCGACAACGAAAGUGGGGACUGGUACAUGGACGAAAGCACCAACAAGCUCUGCUACCUCGUGUCCGGGAAAAGCAGCAUUAGCCAACGUCAUGGCAGCGUCGACCGCUCUAUGAAGGACUUCAAAGUGGACUUCAGUGUCUCCCAGUGCUUCUUCCCCAAAUGCAUCCCACCAACACCCGCACCUCCAGCCACACUCCCACCUCUACCCACCCGCCGGCCGAAUAACUUCAUACGGUGGUCAAAUGCCUCUUUCUGGGCAAAUUCAGCUGAAAAUAACUUCACUGCUCCAGCAGAUGGUGCUGAUGUGGUCAUUCCAGCAGGUCAGUGGGUGGUUCUGGACACAAACACGCCGUCCCUCAACAAGCUGACAGUUGUUGGCGUUCUUGAGAUCCCAGACACCCCGAUGAACGCGUCCAGCAGACGGCGUCGCUCUACACCAGUAUACAACACUGCAGUGGUGGAGGCCGUGUACAUCUCAAUCCAGGGCGGCAGGCUGAUCGCAGGGUGGGAUGACGAGCCGUUCAAAGGCCAGCUGCACAUCAAGCUUACAGGGAACCACCGCACCCCUGACUGGCUUCUGCCUAACGGACCAAACCAGGGAUCCAAAGUCCUCGGUGUGUUUGGUACACUGGAGCUCUAUGGAAAACCUCACAAUGUCUACCACACCAAGCUGGCGGCUACGGCUGUCGCUGGAUCCAAAAAGCUGACCCUGAAGCAAUCUGUGGACUGGCAGGUCGGAGACGAGGUCGCCAUCUCCACCACCAGCUACAGCGUGUGGGAGACAGAGAAGAACAAGAUCGCUGCUGUGUCAGCUGACGGCCUCGAACUGACCCUGGACCAGCCUUUGACCCACAAACACAUCGGUGAGACUCACUCCGUCUCAGGUACGUCGUACUCCUACACUCUGGCGGCUGACGUCGCUCUCCUGACCAGAAACAUUAAGAUCAUCGGUGAGGAGUACAAGGACAUGAUGAAGGAGUCAUUCGGAGCCAGACUGUUGGUGGGCACCUUCUCCGCAGAGGGAAUCAGCUACAGAGGGAAAGCUCAGAUCAGGAACGUGGAGUUUUUCCAUUCUGGUCAGGAAGGCUGGACUGACUCGCCGGACCCUCGUUACUCUGUGGCCUUCCUCAACCUGGGAAAGAUCGUAGAUGAAGAAACGUACAUUCAGGGUUGUGCUUUCCACGACGGCUUCUCUCCCGCCAUCGGAGUGUUUGGAACAGACGGACUGAAUGUUGACAGUAACAUCAUCCAUAACACUGUGGGAGAAGGUAUCAGAAUCUGGGGUGAUCAGAUUAAAGUGAGGAAGAACCUGGUGAUGAAGGUGCUGUGGCCGGGAUCCUAUCAGGACAGGGAAGAGAAAUUCAACUACAUCUGGACCGCUGCCAUCGAGGUUAACAAGGGGACGAAUGUUUUGCUGCAGCAUAACAUCGUGGCAGGUUUUGAGAGAGUUGCUUAUCGAGUCAGUGGUGAACCGUGUCCAGGUAACCAGAACAAAAUGGAGAGCUGGGUCCACAAUGAGGCCCACGGCGGUCUCUUCGCAGGAGUCUUCAUGGACAAAGACGGUUAUCCGGGCUGCAGCCUCAUCCAGAACUUCUUCAUAUGGAGGGCCUUUGAUUACGGCCUCUUUUACCAGACUCCAAGCAGUGUGAUUGCUUCCAAUAACACCCUGGUGGACAACGGGAUGGGCGUCAUGCCAUUAAUCUACGGUCCUCCUUCUCUCACACACAAGUUUGCUGAUAAAUAUACACACAUCAAGCACUCGCUCAUUGUUGGCAGCAGCCCAAACUUUGACUGUUCGGACACUCUGCCCAGCAGUGAUUUUAAUGUUAGAGGCAGUGGAGAACACCGAGCCCCAAGACCCAUCAACGGCGGCAGAUCUGGAAUCUGUUGGCCAAACAUUGUAUCCGGCCAUAACAGCGCUCCAGAAAUGCGCUUUCACCUGAACUCGAACUACAACGCCAUCAAAGGACUGAUGACAGUAGAAGACACAACAUUCGUCAAUUUCCGGAACGUCUGCUCCGGCGAGAAGAACAUCAUGUUCAUGACCAAUCCGCUGAACGAGGACCUGCAGCACCCUGUGCAUGUUUCAGGCAUAACAAUGGUUGGCAGCACAGAGGACGCUAAAGUCUUCAUCCACAAGCCUGAUUUAGGGAAAGUCAACCCUGCAGACUGUGUGGACAUGGACUGUGAUGGCAAGAAGAAAACCAUGUUAAAAGACUUGGACGGUUCGUUCCUGGGUGCUGUGGGAACUGUGCUGCCUUUUGCUGAGUUUGAGUGGGACGGUGAUGCCAGGAGAGGGCUGGGAGACUACCGCAUCCCAAAGGUCAUGACCACCAAGGCGGACGGCAGCCGCAUCCCUGUCGACCAGAUCGCUCCAAACAAAGGUAUAUACAGGAAGGGCUGCACCUUCAUGACCCCCUGGCAGAGCUACAAGUGUUCUUCUGAGCUGAACUACAGGAUGCUGGUGAUCGAGAGUCUCGACCCCGACACAGAAACAAGACGUCUGUCCCCCGUUGCUGUGCUUGGAGGCGGCUUUGUGGAUCUGAUCAAUGGUCCUCAGGAUCACGGUUGGUGCGCAGGCUACACCUGCCAGAAGAGACUGUCUCUGUUCCACAGCAUCGUGGCCACCGGUCACUCUUUCGACAUCUUCUUCAGCAGCACCAGCCCGCAGAAACUUCGCCUCAUGUUGCUCAACGCAGAUUCAUCUGAGAGCGUUAGGGUGUCGGUCUUCUACUCCAAGCCGCAGAGGAUGGACGUCUAUGUUGGCGACAAGCUUGUUGCUCCCACUAACGCGGAGUGGAACAAAGACAAAACUGACUUUGAGCUGAAGAAGCCGUUUUAUCCCGGUCAAUACACCCCUCAACUCAACGCCACCCUUGGCUCCAACUUCUUUGACCUAGACAGCAAGAUGGUGCAAGUGGUCGUGAGAGGCUCUGAACCUGCAGAAAUCCGAAUCUCUCCAGUUCUCUUCCUCUCCUUCGACCUGCCAACUAUGACCGAGGACCAGUUCUUCGGAGAUAAGCUGGUCCUCAAUCUCGCUGCUUUCCUCAAAAUUCCUGCCAAUAUGAUUCGGAUCUCCAAAAUCGUCAGGGAGGACGGAAGCUCACGGCGCAGGAAGAGAUCCACGGGCCUGAAGGUGGAGGUGGAGAUCAAGAAACCUCCAGUACAGCAGACGAGCAACACCACCAACAAUGAUGAAGACUUCUCACUGCUGAAGACCGUGGCUGAUGAUCUGGGUCAGGCAGCGGUUUCCGGAAACCUCAGUAGUUCCAUCGGCUUCAACGUGUCUUCUAUGGGCAUUGUCCCGCCUCCUCCUUCAUCAUCAGACCCCAGCUGGAAGGAGGAAGCCGCAGAGGAACCAACGAGGGAGGAGCCUAAAGUGAGCUUCGUCUCCAGCGUGUCCAACCUGCUGCUGGUGCAGGAGCCGAUAGCCGGAAAGUAUGUGGGUCCUCUGUACCAGCAGCCCAGUCUCAUGGCUGUGGAUGAGCAGGGUAACUGUGUCUCUGUGGGAGUGACCACUCUCACUGUGACAGCCUCCCUGAAGGACUCCAGUGGAAACCCUGUUGAAGCACUGGAGGGAAACACCACCAUCCUGUUCGACACCUGUUGGGCAAACUACACCGACCUCUCUAUUCUCCAAAGCGGGGAGAACCUCACCAUGGUCUUCACGCUGAAGGAAUGGUCUGCAAACUCUCGCUCCUUUACUGUGAAAAACACUCCAACCACCAUGGCUCCAACCACCAAGUCUCCUACAACCACACAGCCUCCUACAACAACGACAACAGGGGCACCAGAGCCGACCACUGACGACAGCAUCUUCAGCUCCACUACUGCGCUGACAGCCGGCAGCCUCUGUAUGGUCAGCGUUAUCUACAGCAUCGCCUGCUGCUCAAGUGAUAUCCCCAUCUGUUAGGGAGCUCUGUGAAGCUCAGAGGGUUUAUGAAGGAUAAUUUACAUUCACUUUAUCAUGAGAAGGUCUGCUUGAUGGAAUAUAAUCCUUAAUAUAUUAUGAACAGAGGUGUUUUCUCUCCUUGUUACUCCCUUUAAGCAUUUUGUUGGGAUUGGGCUUCAUGUGAAAAGUAACAAAACAUCAAUAAAUAAAUGAAGAAGUCAAUAAAUGAAGGAAAAUGAAAUAUGAAGCACCUUACAUCAUUUCCUUUAUGUUUCUUUUUGUUCUCUUUUUUUGUCUAAAUGUAUGUGGGAUGUGUUUGCACACCUGGUGAAUGAUUCAUAGACAACCUACUUGAAUCUGUAUGAUAAAGGACAACAUGAAGUUGUUUAAAUCUUUAUUUUUCUUUUCAAUAAAAUCUAUUUUUCGGUGGUAAAGAA